GGCACUACUCUGCCAGUGUGCGUGGCAGCGAGCUGGGGCCUGCCCCCCAGGGCCUUCGGAGCAGAUUGCGGACCUUGCGAGCCCUAUGUUGCUGGCCUCUAGGAACCCAGAACAUGGCAGAUGGGGCGCAGGCCAACCCCAAAGGGUUCAGGAAGAAGGUGCUGGUUAGCUACCCCUCUGGGCGGAGGGGCCCAAGUCUCAGGGCCUCUUCGCCUUCGAGAACCUCCAGAUCUAGCCUGGCUGCGAAGUUCUGCGCCAUUGCCCUCCUGGCCGGCUGCGUCCUGCCCGCUGCCCACAGCAGCCUGCUCAACCUGAAAUCCAUGGUGGAAGCCAUCACGGGGAGAAACGCCAUCCUGUCCUUCGUGGGCUACGGCUGCUUCUGCGGGCUGGGGGGCCACGGGCUGCCCAUGGAUGAGGUGGACUGGUGCUGCCACGCCCACGACUGCUGCUACCAGAAGCUCUUUGACCAGGGCUGCCACCCCUAUGUGGACCACUACGAGCACACCAUCGAGAAUAACGCCACGAUUGUCUGCAGUGAGCUCAACAAGACAGAGUGUGACAAGCAGACUUGCGAGUGUGACAAGAGCCUGGCUCUGUGCCUCCAGAGCCAGACGUACAACGAGGAGCAUCGCAACUACCUCAACAUCUACUGCCAUGGCCCCACGCCCAACUGCAGCAUCUACGAGCCGCCCCAGGAGGAGGCAGCAUCCAUACAUAUCUCCCCGGAGCCCUCUGCACCUCCCUAGUGCCUUCUGGGGUCUGAAGGAGAAGAGGGGUGGAGGUUCAGGCUCUGGGGACCCGAGGGAUGGAGCAGGUGGAGUUGAGGGCAGAUGGGGAGCCCACGGGCUGCCUUCACCUUGCCCUCUAGCGAGACCUGCCCCCAGAGGACUCAGGAAGGCCUGGGCCCUGACUGUGGCCUCCUAGCUCCUCCAGCCCAGCACUGGGUGUGGCUGCAUCCUGGACUUGGCAGGGAGCAUGUGGCUUGUUCGGGUCUCUCCUGAGUGUGGAAGGGGAGGCCUGAGAGAGAGGAGGCUGGGGGCUUCUGUUGCUGGCCCUAGCUUGACUUGCUCAGCUUGGGCUUCAAGGUUGGGCCCUGGUGUCUUAGAGACCAGACCCUGAGCGGCCAGCACAGGCCCAGAGCUUGGUGUGUCUGAGGACCAGGUUCCCAGGCACACAGACUGCUGGUCACGAGGCCUGGGUUCUGGGGGCCCCUUGGCUGCUCCUGCAGGAUGAGUCAGGAUGAUCCCUGCUUUGGGGGCCUUGUGGCUCUUUCGAGCCCCAUUAGACAGCAGGUGGCCUAUCCUGGCCUUCGUCAAGGUGGCCCAGGAGUCCAGGUCCAGAAACCACAGGAUAGCAACAGUGCUUAGUGACCCAGCUCUGCAGUCUGGCCUCAGUUAUCCCAGUUGUCUCAGAGCAGGCUCCUGGCACUGACGGAACCCACAUGUGCACCUGUCGGUGCACAGGGACCAAGAUGGGGCACACUCGCAAUGCCCCUCACACUCACAGGUCUUCCUCUGCCUCCCCCACUGACCCUCUCACAUAAGAGUCACAUCCUGGCCCUGCAACAUUGCACUGCUCCGAGGGGCACCCCAACCCCGGGAUUCCCGGGUCCCUGACAAACAUGGGAGAGGGCAAGGCCCAGGCCCCUCCCCAUGCACUUCUCCUCAUGCAGCUGCUGGGCCAGUGGGUGGGAAGACCCCAGACUCUGCUCUCCCUGGGCAGGGAGAGGCGAGGCUGCAACCCAGCAUCAGAAGCCCUCUCGACAGGAAGGAGGCUGAGGGCUGGGACCCUCCUCUGUGAAGAGGGAAGCAAAGCAAAGAGACGGGGUCCAGGCAGGAGGCCGCAUGGAUGAUUCAGGAAGGCAGGAGGGAGGGAGCAAGAUGCAAAGAGGGAAGGGAGAGGAGAAGGUGGGAGAGAGGUGAGACCAGGUGAGGGUCGGACGUCCAGAACAGAGUGGUCUUGGCAGGGGAAGCGGGGUAGAGGAGAUUUGGGGGGCAGGGACCCCUGGGAUUGUGGCCAGGGGUGGAGGAGGACAGGCCUCAGUGGGCCAGCUUUCUUGUCUCUGCCCAGCACUUGUUUCUCCAGGUGCACCUCCCCCGUCUCUCUUGCCUCAUCUCUUGACCUCAGGGUCCGUGGCCUCCAAGUAGCCAGUGUGCCUGCCUCACCCCCACCUUCUGCCUUCAUCUGGUGUCAACCUUGAGGACCUACUGACACAGCGCUGCGACCCUCCUGGACUCCAUGAACAGCCACCAGGAAGCUCAGCCCACCCCGCCGGUGCCCCGUGGACCACUGUCACUGGGGGAGGGGCAGCGAAGAAGGACGGAGGCAGGGAGAGGAGUGGGGGUGGGGAGAGAGCUUCUACGGAAAAGAUGGCAGGACUGGACGGAAACAGAACACGGGCUUUGGGUACUGAGGGUGAGGCUGCCGGCUGACGUCAGCUGUCAGUGUGUGGGAGGAAGCCCUUCCACCGCUCACCUCCUGCUGGCCGGCCAUGGUGGGAUGGCUGGGUCCUCUGUGUGCCCUGACCUGACCUGUCCAGUCACUGAGAUCUUCUUCUUCUACCCUCUCAGGAGCCCAGUUAACAAACUACCUUCUUUUCGCCAUUCUGGGCUGGCCCAUCAUCACUGAGCAAAGCCCCCACCAAGCAAGCGUGGAGCCAGCACCGUGCACCAGGCGUCGCCCCGGAGCGAGGACUGCGGAGGCCUCGGCCCCUCGCCUGUGGGAGCCCGAUUUCUGCUGUGCCCCUCCGCACGUGCACACAUCCUCAUCUCCUGGGAGUCCGGCCAGUGUGUCGGGAUGAGACUCUGCUGCUAAGGAGUCCUGCUGGCCUGGAUCUCACCCCAGACCCUCCCGGAUGCUGCAACCCCCAGAGAUUCUCCACGGGACUCGGCACCCCCUCUGCAAAUGAAUAAAGGCCUCCUGCCUCAA